UGCAGGACUUGUAACAGAGUAUUUCUUCACUGUUUUAUUGCUUCUUUUACUAAAGCAAAAAAUGUCAUCCUCCACCUCCUAUUAAAAAUCUCAUGUUUUUAGCAUUUGAUAAGUCGAUCGUUUGAAUCCUUGAGCUUGGCAAUAAUAAAUCUUGAAAUGAUUUGUGAAUAGGCCACCUCCGGUUUUCUAGUUGUGCUUUGUUGCCUGUCCAUUCAGUGUCGGAUGCUGCUGCCUCGUCAGCCUUUCUCUAUACUGCUGUUGUGAAACACAAAAGACCACCACCGCCUUUCUCUGGAACAAUAACUGGGCUGAACAUGAACACUUACAUCACCGAAACUGUUCAUUCACCGGAGUCCCAAAAGUAACUUUUUGGUUGAUUUUUGCUUGUCUUAUCAAACCCCCCAGAAACGUCCACUUUCUCCACAGUCUCCCAGGAUCAAGGGAUGAGGGUUGGUGAUGGACCAAUUGCUGUGGAAAAGGACUAUCCCACUAUUGAGCUGAUGAGCAGAAAACAAACUGGAAACACUGGACUGUUGUUUAAGACAAACUGCUCUCAGCAGAGCAUCUGACAAGCUUUGGAUGUUUCUGAAGGUUUUGUGUAUCUUUGUGGUGUUACAACUGAACCUGAGAUAUGUCUGGGACCCAACUACCCCGUGAGGCCCUUCCGGCGUCUGAUCCAGAGGACACAUCAGAGGAGCUGACAGAGGUGGUGUGUCUGGAGUCAGACCUGCAGGAUGGACAGAUGAUGGAGGUUGAAGUGGGACAGCACAGUGUGCUGUUGACACGUAGCGAGGGCCAAUACAGUGCCAUUGGUCACCAGUGUACACACUACGGAGCGCCACUCAGCAAAGGUGUAAUUUCAGGCAACACAGUGCGCUGUCCGUGGCAUGGCGCCUGUUUCAACGUCCAUACAGGAGAUCUGGAAGAGUUCCCUGGUAUGGACUGCUUACCCUGCCACAAGGUCAAAAUUCAAAACAGCAAAGUGUAUGUGUCUGUAAACAAAAAGACUAUCAGGCAAGAAAAAAGAGUAAAGCGAAUGGGAGCUGCAGUACCAGGAGACACUUACACAGUCCUGCUUCUGGGAGGAGGAGCUGCGUCUCUGAUCUGCGCUGAGACUCUGCGGCAGGAAAACUUUGGUGGCCGAAUCAUCAUGGUCACCAGAGACGACCUUUUACCUUAUGACAAAACACGACUCAGCAAGGUAAUGAAUGUGGAGAAUGACAGCAUUCUGCUGAGGAGGAUGGAGUUUUUCCAGCAGUACGAUAUCGAGGUGUGGCUCAGGAAAGAAGCGGUGUCAGUGGACACAGACAAGAAGAAAGUCACAUUUGACGAUGGUUUAGUCGAGAGCUAUGACCAGCUCCUCAUCUCAACAGGCUGCAGAGCGAAGGGUCUGGAUGUGCCUGGCAUGAAGUUGGAAAACGUCUUAAUGUUGGAGACACCAGAAGAUGCCCGACAAAUCCACAAAGCCUGUCUUGGCUGCAACGUCGUCCUCGUGGGAACUUCUUUUGUCGGUAUGGAAGUUGCAUCUUAUAUGAUAGACAAAUCCUCCAGUGUCACAGUGAUCGGCAGCAGUGAGCUACCGUACCAGAACACGCUAGGUCGGGAAGUUGGCAGAGUCACCAUGACGAUGCUGUCAGAGAAAAAUGUGAAAUUCUACAUGAAUGAUAUUGUGAUGGAGAUCAAAGGUGUGGAUGGCAAGGUGAAGGAGGUUGUGCUGAAAAGUGGAAAUGUCAUCCAAGCGGAUGUUUUGAUUGUUGGCAUUGGCAUCAAACCAAACUCAGAGUUCCUGCGGGGCAGCAAAAUACAGACGGAUUCAAAAAACUUUGUAACAGUUGACAAGUACAUGCGCACCAAUGUUCCUAGUGUGUACUGUGGGGGCGACCUGUCCACCUUCCCCCUGGCGAUGGCCAAAUACCGGCUGGUCAACAUCGGACACUGGCAGAUGGCACAAGCACAUGGAAGAAUAGCAGCUCUGAACAUGCUGGGUAAACCUACUGAACUCAGCUCAGUUCCUUUCUACUGGACCGUCCUUCUGGGUAAAACUAUCCGAUAUGCAGGCUAUGGGGAGGGAUACACUGACAUCGUAAUUAAAGGAAGGUUUGAGGACAGGAAGUUCCUGGUAUUUUAUAUCAAGAAUGACGAGGUCAUAGCGGCAGCGAGCCUUAACUACGACCCUGCAGUGUCUGCAGUAGCCGAGAGGUUUGCAACAGGAAAAAUAAUAACAAAGAAAGAAGCUGAAUCAGAUGCCCUGAGCUGGCUACAGUUGUCCCAAUCUACACUUUCCUGCGCUCUCUCUCUCAACACAUCAUCUGAACAACGUUGACACGCAGCCAGAAUGACAUUCAUCUGUCUCUUUGUCACCACCACUCUCACCAAGGACAGAGAAUUUGGAGACCUGGAUUAAAUUUCACGAUUCAAAAGAGACAGACUUCACACAAGCCACAGUGAAGUUCAUAUUUACAGUGUUGAAGUUUUGGAUUUUAACUGUAUGUCAUACACUCAGUGUUUAGGUGAAGGGGACUCCACCAUGCAAACAACAGAUACCUCAGAUGGAUGCAGACUUCUUUUAUUAUCUUAAUAUCUUUUUUGUUAUUUCUUAAAAGUUUCUAUUUUAUUUUAUUUGGUGGGUUUAUAUCUCCGGCGGUAUUUAAGUGACAGUCCGGAGACAUCACAGUUAGGAUGCCUUAGUAUGUUCUCUGCUUAUAAUCUUUAAAAGGCAGUGUACGAUGCCAUUUACUUGGAUGGGGCUGCUGGAAAUACACAAGUGGCCUUAAUGCCCACUGCAGCUAUGUACAGUAUGUGGUCCGGUCAGUGAGUCGGAGGGGGGAUUACGAGAACAGAGGGGGGGUGCUCAGCUCUUUGAAGCAGAGGUGCUGAAAUAGGCAACGGCAACAAAACACACCAACAGGGAACAAUAGGCCUUCGACAAACAGCACACAAAUGCAGUGCAACAAAACCUUCACAAAAGAAAUGCUGCGUUUUUCUCUCUCUGUUGGUUUAUUACUGUCUUUACUUCACACAUCAACAUUUACUUUUCACUUUACUCUGCCUUCCUGUCAACAUUAUGCCUCAGCUCACUGUAACCAGGGUUCAACUGGUGCAGACUUUCCAAGGCCAGUAUCUGUUAUGUACUAAUGUUUUAUGUACAAGAUUUGAAAUGUUUUUUAUGCUAAACAUGACAAGAAUUUGUUGUUUUUUAAAAACAGUAUUUAGAUCAGAAUAUUGAUAUACCUCGUGAUUAUAAAGUUUUUCUGAAUAAUAAAUUGAGAAAACGUUUGUAGAAAAAAAGGAUAGGAAACUCACAUUUUGUGAGUAAUAAAGCAAAUAUAAUAAUCGAUAAAUCAUGGUUCUUCAACACAUUUGUGCAGAAAAUUAUACUAAAAACCAUAUAGGCCCACAUGAUAAUAUUCAUUUAAAGUGUCACUGGUAUAUAUUAUCACACAUGUUGGCUUCCACUCUGGAAGCUAAUUAUAAUCUGAUUUCCAUCUAUCUGCUCAUCUUACUGGCUGAAGGCAACACUGACUGCCAUGAUAUUCUUGCAACUUCACAUCUCUUGGAGAAUUGCAUUUAUAGCAUUAUACUGUUCAGCAACAGCUUAACAUAUUAAUGUAUACCAGGAACAACUAUAAGUCUUACUUUGCACCAAAACACAUUGUUACAGUGAGUAAAAUAAUUUAUCAUAUUAUGUAUUCUUCAGGUGAGAAAAAUAUCAGCUUUAUUCUUCUAAGGAUUUUAAGUGAAAGAUGGUCUUUGCCGUUUACUUACAAUGCUGAACAAGCAAUCCUAUUGUUAAUAACAGCUUUCUUAUCAAUGCAAAGAGAACACUGAUGCCCAGGGACAAUUAGCAGGGAUGUAGGCCUACUUGUCAUUUCAAUUUUUUUGUCUUGUGUUUCACUUUGUUC